UUGGUACUUUUGGUUCACAACAGUAAUAGUUCAAAGAGCACAUAUGGAAUAAAAAUGAAGGGUGUCAUUAGGACAGCACUGGCCAACAUGGACAGAGAGACCAGAGAAAUGUACUCUAUCAUCGUCCAAGCCAAAGACAUGGCCGGCUCUGUGGGGGGUCUGUCUGGAUCCACCACAGUCAACAUUACCCUGACUGACGUCAACGACAAUCCACCAAGGUUUCCUCAAAAGAACUACCAGCUGUACGUGCCGGAGUCGGCUCAGGUCGGGAAAGCUGUGGGUAAAAUCAAAGCCAACGAUGAUGACCUCGGCGUCAAUGCAGAGAUGGCAUACCGAAUCACUAAUGAGGACGGGGCAGCCAUGUUUUCCAUCGCCACCGACAGCGACAAGAGAGAGGGGAUCAUCUCUCUCGGAAAGCCUCUGGAUUAUGAGAAGAAGAAAGCCUACUCCCUAAGCAUCGAGGGGGAGAACACGCACCUCGACCCCCGGUUCUCCCACCUCGGUCCAUUCCGGGACACCACCACCCUCAAGAUCAUCGUCGGGGACGUGGACGAAGCUCCCGUCUUCACCAUGGACUAUUACAUCAUGGAUGUGUACGAGAACGCGCUGGCCGGCACCCACGUCGGCAUGGUGACGGCACAAGAUCCCGACAACGCUAGGGGCAAUGUCAGGUAUUCCAUUGACAGCAGCGCAAAUGGAGAAGGGCUUUUCAGUAUCAAUGCCAACAGCGGGCUCAUCACAACUACCGCCAGCCUGGACCGGGAGUUGGUGCCCUGGUAUAACAUCACCGUUAAGGCUUCAGAGGUUGAGAAUCCCAACCUUGAGAGCUCUGUCCUAGUCACGGUCCAAGUCUUGGAUGUCAAUGACAACACGCCCUAUAUUCCCACUGACAAUGACAUCAUUGUAUGCGAGAGUUCGAAGGCUGGCCAGGUCAUACAGACCAUCAGGGCUACAGACAAGGACAAUUUUGCCAAUGGACGCUUCUCCUUUGCCUUGCCGGCCAACAUGCCAGCCAACCAUAAUUUCACACUGAAGGACAACGAAGACAGCAGCGCCAGCAUCGUGGCACGCCGCUGGGGCUUCAGCCAGGCCGAGCAGGAGCUCCAUCGGCUAGCCGUGGUGGUGCGGGACGGGGGCGAGCCACAGCUGAGCAGCACCAGCACCCUAACACUGCGCGUGUGCCCAUGCCAGCGAGGCCUGCGAGCACCCACCUGCCAGGCCCAGGCCUUCCUCUCCUCGGCUGGCCUCAGCACAGGAGCCCUCAUCGCCAUCCUGCUCUGCAUCCUCAUCCUCUUGGCUAUCGUGGUCCUGUUUGUAACCCUGCGGAGCAAAAAAAGCAAAAAAGAGGCGCUGAUCAUCUCCGAGGAGGACGUGCGGGAGAACGUAGUGACGUACGACGACGAGGGAGGCGGCGAGGCGGACACCGAGGCCUUCGACAUCGCGGCGCUGCGCCACCCGGCAGCCGCCGCCGCCGCGGAGGCCAGGAGGAGGAGGGAGCCGCAGUCCGAGGCUUGGCGGGCGGUGGGCGGGGACAGCCUCAGCCCCUCCAUCACACUGCCCAUUCAGGACAUCCAUGAGGUGAUCCAGAUGAAGGUGGUGGAGGCCGACCAGGACACAAGUGGACCACCGUACGACUCCCUGCAGACGUACGCGUACGAGGGGCAGGGCUCGCCUGCGGGGUCCAUCAGCUCACUAGACCUGCCUGGGCCCCGGUUGGAAGCGGACCCUACUGAAGCCACUGACUGGGGCCCUGACGUGCACACACUCGCCAGACUUCUCAAAGAGGGGGUCAGUCAGCACACCUUAUAGUGGCAGUGUGUUUAUGAGCUCAACAUUGUGUCCUCUUUUCCUCAUCAAUGUUUGGAUGGUACAGCACAGAAGGCUUUUUUUCUUCUUUUUUUUGGUCCAAAUUUGCUGUGGGAUUACUUUGACUAUUGUUUUUUGUUUUGUUUUGUUUUGUUUUUUUAAAAAUACCUGGGUUCUACUAGUGGGAGAAAGUAAAAGCUGUUUUUCAAAGAAAAUGCACAAAACUGAGAAAAACUGAGGACUGACAAAAGAAACUAUUUUCCCUGUUGUCUAUUUUAUUAUUUUCUAUUGCUUAAUAAAGUUCAUGAUUCCAGAGUAAGUAACUCUAUUGUAUAUUUACGUUUUCUCAGCAGAAGGCAAACGUUGUGAGUUUAUCACAGUAUCGGUUCGCACUCUGAAUAUUUUGCAGGUGACUGUGAGUUAAAACUGUACAUUUCUUAAGUUUGCAGCCAUUGUUUUCUUCACAGUUGCCAAUAACUAUCCCAAAGUCCCAGGUACACAUUU